AUGUCUGUGGGAGCAGACGUUCCGGAACACCUAUUGGUGGUGCUCCGGGGCCAUGACGUUGAUCAAAAGGUUGCCGAGUUUUCGAGCGUCAAGGCGCAGGUUAAGCACUAUUUUGUUCAGGUCGAAGCAAUUAAUCCACUGUUCGAAGCUUGUCGCAUCGGAAUUUCUUCCUCUAAUAACACACUUUCUCUACAUGCCUUGUCGUGCCUGGGCCACUUGAUUAAACGGGUAACUCUUCAAGACCAGGCACGUAUAAAGCCACAGGUACAUCAUAUUCUGCCGCUCCUCAUAGAAAAGCUUGGGGACCAGAAGGACCGGAACCGGUCGAUAGCAUUGACCGCAUUACUUGAUCUCUGGAAAACCACACCAAACGAGAUUGAACGUGGUAUCAAGGAGAUGGGAUUCAGUAGUAAGAAUCCAAAGGCAAGGCAGGAGAGUUUGAAUUGGCUUCUACAGGUACACAGUGCUGGGCAAGGGUUUUCCUUCCGGAGUUUUACACCUUUUAUGAUCAAGGCACUGGAAGAUGCCAGCGAGCCUGUGAGGGAAGCUUCAAAGGAGGUUGUCGUGGAGCUAUUCAAGAAUGCUCCGGAUCACGCGAAAUCGGAUCUUAAACGGGAAUUAAAGAAACGCGAAGUAAGGAAAGGAAUCGCUACAUAUAUUGUCAACCAGCUUGGACUACCCGGAGCUGGUGACGUCAUGGGAAGUUCUGUAAGGUCCUUAGAUGGCCACGAAGAUGAUGGUGUGAGCCGGCAAGGCCAUAGUAUGGCGGGCAGCAUUAACGGGAGUAUGGCUUCAUCAACAUACGUUGCCAGCCUUGCUGGAAGCGAACUCGAUACGCUGGAACCCGCGUAUGUGAACACGAACCGUGAACUCGAAGAGAUUCUUCAUGGUAUGGUGGAGUCUUUUGAUGGGAGAGAAUCUGAAGGGAACUGGGCUGCUCGGGAUCGGAACAUUACAAAGCUCCGACAGUUGGUAAGGGGCAACGCUUAUAGGGAUUACCAGACAACAUUUCUGGCCGGAAUUAAGUCGUUACUCGAUGGAAUUCUGAAGGUGGUCAAUUCUUUACGGACAAUAGUGGCAACAAACGGAUGCCAGCUGGUCAAGGAUCUCGCAAAGAUCGUCGGCCCUGGAUUGGACCCCAUGGUUGAAAUAUUACUAUCCAGCUUCAUUAAGCUGUGCGCAGGGACGAAGAAAAUUACGUCACAGCUCGGGCAAGUUACUACGGCGAUGCUGAUCGCAAACAUCUCUUACCACUCGAAGAUCUUACAGCACAUGUGGGCGGCGUGUAACGACAAGAAUGUGCAACCUAGGAGCUAUGCUUCCGGAUGGUUGAAGGCUUUAUUGGAGGCUCAUGUUGAUCAGAAGGCGUAUAUUGAGCAUUCUGGGGGAACUGACUUGAUUGAGAAAUGCCUGAAGAAGGGCAUGUCCGAUGCCAACCCAGGUGUUAGAGAGGGGAUGAGACAGACUUAUUGGCUAUUUGCUUCUAUAUGGCCUGAGCGUGCUGAAGUGAUGAUGGAGGGUCUUGAUAACAAUACCAAGAAACUAUUGGCCAAGGAUAACCCGAAUGCUCCCGUGACUGCGCAACUUAAGGGCGUCAAUAGCUUGAGAGCACCACUGGGUAGAGGCGCUGCCGCCGGUGUGCCAGGGAGACCUUCUGUGAAGGAGGCAAUACUCGCGUCUAAGAGAAGUCGGGGUAACCUACGAGCCCAGCCUGAACGCGCUGAGACUUUGGCAACUUUGCCUAUGGUUGGCGCCUCGCCUGCUCCGACCACUUCUGGCCUUGCAUCUGCUCCUGUUCGACCCCGUAGAGACCCAGCGAAGGGCGGAAAUAGGGUAGACAAGCAAACCUAUGACGCUGGUGCUUUCGCCCGUGCAGCCACUCCUACAGGGACAUACCCAUCUACUCGGACGUCACCUCUUGGCACUCGUGGCAAUGGUGUGCGGUCACCUACUAUGAAUUCGCCUCCGAGAAUUCAUGAACGCCUUGCGCGUGGUAUGACACCAGCUCGCCAACAGAGCCCAGCCGCUACCCGGAAACUUACUGUUUUGGAACAAUUGAAUCACGUAGACUGGAAAGUGAGGGUCGAAGGUGUCAUCAUUGUUGCCUGUAUCCUGGCGAAACGGAUACCCCCAAACUACGAUGGUCAGAAGAUGCCGACGCUCCCGCCAAGUGAUGUGUUUGCUCCAACUCUAGCAAAGCUUCUGAACGAUCCCCAGCCGGAGGUGGUCGAACAUGUUGUGGCACCGGAAGUCUUGGCGGAAUUGAUCAAGGUGGUGCCGAUGGAUCAGAUUGUUCCUAAAGUGUUACUCCUUAGUGAGGGUGAUGAUGCUGAGCAUUCGCAACCGAUUACCUCGUAUAGCAUUCCCGCUUUAAAGCAAUUGAUGACAGAAUCAGAAGCUACAGAGUUACUGUUCAGAAUUUUAACCAGCAUGGGUGUCUCUGGGGUUGUCCCUAGGAAGUUGGCGCUUGGAUCGUUCACUACUACUCAGAAGCGCAAGAUCAUUCAUGGAUGCCUGAUUUGGAUGAAUGAAAUCGUGGAAUCACAUCUCAAUGGAUCACCCAAUGAAUUUUUGAGCGAUGUCUCCAAUUUCAAGCUCUAUGUUAACCGGCUGAUCGCGAUGCUUAACAAUACGAGAGUGCCGAACUACAAUCCGCUAACUGGACUCCUAAAGAACCUUCAGCGAUUGGACCUGGAGGCCUUUGAUAAGAUUUUGAAUACCUUUGAAUCGCAGACAGUGCGUGAUCUAAAGAAGGCCUGGGGUGUGAAUGUGGAAGAGGAUGGAGAUUUAAUAGUUGUUGAGGAGAAGGUUGCGGAUGUGGAGCAGGUACUGGGCAGCGUUCCUCGUAUUGGGAUGAGAAGCCCGCCUCGGAACUUUUCUCCCACUUUGAAGAAAGGUAAUUAUUUUCCAGAGAGUCCUCAGAAUCUUAAGGAUGAGGAUAUCACCAUGAUAAGCCUUCCUCCGCUUCCUCCUGCGCCUAGGCCUGUCACACCUACACGAGCGAAUGUUCAAGACAAUGUCACGGAUCUACCACCCCUACCCUCUACGCCAGAGAGCAACUCGAAGUCUCUCGCAAGCCAGAAUGGAACCGGCCGACGAUCUUCUCGUGCGGAUGAUAAGAAUCCGAUAAUCAAAGUCUACCAAGAUCCGGUGAUUGAGUCGAAUGGAGCUGUUGCUACGAGCACCGGCGUUGAUAAGGGGCCGGCCGCCGGAACUGGUGAAUGGUAUCGGUCAAAGAUGAAGAAGCAAAUUAGCAAUUCCAACCUGCCAAAGACUCCCGAACACUCUUCGCGGUUAUUACUCACGCUUAUUACCAGACUUCAAAAUCGUGAGAUUGACACACAAGCCUUCAGAAAGCUAAUUGGUAUUGCGAGGGAGAACCCCGUGAGGGCUGUGCUGCAGGAGAACAAUGGCGAGACAUUCCACGACAUCUGGGAGGGUGGAAAGGUAUUUGAUGAGUUGCUUCAAGCCUUAUUAGAGUAUCUUGAGGACAAUUCAAUCGAUGCCGAGAGGGCGGCGGACCUCCGUGUACAAGGGCUGCUGGUGCUUAAACAACUGCUGUCGAAGACUGCUCCCUAUUUCUCACGACACGAGGCGCCGGUUUUGCAUACUCUUAUCGAUCUGAGGGGCAAAUACCCAACCCAGUCUCAUGUCACUACCGGGAUUGAGGAGAUUGUCGAGGAGUUUAUGGCGAUCGUGGAUCCCACAACUGGAAUCGAAGCGAUCCUGAAUGUCUCGCUUCCUCGAGACAAGCCCGGAUUCCGACAGGCGACUCAGAGUUGGUGCAUGAGUUUGACUUGCCUUGCUGCGCUUGUCAGAGCAUCUAAGAUUGCUUCAUUAGAACCUCAGUUUGCAAGGCUGGGCCAGUUAGCUGUUAAGUCUCUCGACGACGAAGAUGCGGAAGUGAGAAGGGCCUGUGUGUCGAUGUGUAUUGAGAUGCACAGCAAGCUCAGAAACGAUGAGAGGCUAUUUGACCAAAUCCUCAAGGGUAUGAAGUCUGGCCACCAAAAUCUCCUCACAUACUACUUUGCGAAGAGGGAAGGCGAGGCAAGAAAAUGACGGAAGUUGUCUCCUUGGUGGGGGGACAACAUGGAGAAAGGAUGGUUUCUCUUCGUUUCUGUUUGAAUUUGUUUUUUCUGGGUGGGG